AUGGGACGAAGACGAGACAUUGAUAAUGAUGAUAAUGAUCAACAAACAUCAUCUUUUGUAUCUUGUAUGACAUCUAAUUUAAAUCAACAUGAAUCUCAAAAUAAUCCUAUUCGAAAUUUGGAUGAAAAUAAAAUGAAUGAUGAUGAUAAUGAUCCAUUAAUACAUGAUACAAUAUUACCCCAUCGAAAACGUAUACGAAAAGAUCCAUCACAAAAUCUACAAUCUUCACAAUCAACAACAUCUUGUACAAUAUUAAAUGAUGAGAACACUCACAAUCCAAAUUCUCUUCAUGUUGAAGCGGAUUCAAUAUGUUCAAUAGAUAUUCCAUCCAUAUCUCCUUUUCAUCAACGAAAUCAAUUAACAGCUGCAGCAAAUGGUCUUCUAAGUCUUUCAAAUUCUUUAUUUAUUAAUAAUGAAGACAAUCCUAAUGAAUGUCAUUCAAAUUUUACAAAUAGUGAUGGAACAACAUCAACAACUGAUGGAAAUUUAUCUUUAUUAUGUUGUGUUUGUCAAGAUCGUGCAUCGGGUAGACAUUACGGUGUACUUUCAUGUGAAGGUUGCAAAGGAUUUUUUAAGCGUAGUAUUCGUAAACAAGUAUUAUAUACAUGUCUUAGUACAAAAGAAUGUCCUAUAAAUAAAUUUAUGCGAAAUAGGUGUCAAUAUUGUCGAUUACAAAAAUGUCUUCAAGUUGGUAUGCGUGUUGAAGCUGUUCAAAAUGAACGCCGACCUUAUACAAGCCAUGGUGAUAAUAAACAUGAUUUAAUGACAAAUGGUAUUAAUAAUCAAAGAAUACGGAAACAAAGUGAUACAAUAUCAUUAAACACACUACUAACAUCAUCAUCAAAUGGAAUUUAUCCAUUAACAUCAUUUUUAGCUAAUCUAACAAAUAAUCGAGAUAAUAUAACACAAACAACAGCAACAAAUGAAAAUAAAAUUCAACAACAAAGUACACUUCAUAGUAUUCUUACAUCAACAUCAAGAGUUAAAUCACCAACACCUGUAUUUCUUUCUCCACCAUCCUCGUCCUCCUCCUCAUCAUCAUCAACAUCAAGUACAACUAAUCUUCGUAUUGAUUGUAAUGUAAAAAGUGAAACAAUGGAAACAAUUAAAACUAAUAGUCAACAUCAACAACAAACACUUGCAAUUACAAGAGCUUUUGAUAAUUUAGCUAAAGCUGCAGCUCAUUCUCGAUCAAAUACAACUAAUAAUCCAUUAUCUAUUAUGCAGCAACAAUAUUUAUUUAAUGAAAAACGUUAUUGGGAACAAAUUGAACGUCCAUUAGUUACUGAUAAAACAAGUAAAUUUACAAUAACUCCACCAACAAAUCGAGAGUUUCAACAAGCACAAUUAUUAUUACCAACAAAUAGUUUUAUAUGUGAAUCAGCAUCACGUAUUCUUUUUCAAUCAAUUGAUUGGAUUAAAAAUAAUACAUGUUUUCAAACACUUGAAUCACAAACACAAAUAAUACUUUUACAAAAUCAUUGGUUACCAUUAUUUAUUCUCAGUCUGCUUCAGUGUUCAUCAACAAUUAGUUUAGCAAAUAUACUUACUGCUUUACUUGCAAAAAAACUGGAUAAUAAUGAACUGAACAAGUGGCUUGAAUUACGUCGUAUUCAAGCACUUUUUUAUGAAUUUGAUCGUCUACAUGUAACCGAUAUAGAAUAUGCCUAUUUAAAAUUAAUGUCAGUUUUUAAUCCUAUUAAUGAUACUGAUUAUAUAUUAUCAUAUGAUCAAAUUGAUGCAUAUCGUACAUUAACAUAUAAAGAAUUACAUGAUUAUAUAAAUGAUCGACUAAUAUCAACAUCUUAUGAAGAAUAUUGUGGUGAUAGUGAACGAUUAGGUCGACUUUUACUUAAAUUACCAUCAUUAGCUGAACUUGAUACAAGUAUUAUUGAAGAACUUUUCUUUGUUGGACUUAUUGUACAAAUUCAUAAAAUCAUUCCAUGUAUUCUUAAAAUGGAUGUUGCAUCAUCAUCAUCAAAACGAACAUCAUCACCGAUGAUCAAAUGUGAAAGAAGUGAACAAUUACAACAGCAACAGCAACAGCAACAGCAACAGCAACAGCAAUCACUCGUAUCAUCAUCAUUAUAG